AUAAAAUCUAGAUGCCAUAUAUUAUUCUUACUUGUUCUAAAGUCUUUAAUAAAAAUAGUCGGUAUUACUUGGACAAGGAGCAAAACAAUAUGGAAAAAACUCUUCUAUUCUGCAAAAGGCGUGCAGCGCAUCGUUUUGGCUUCUUGCAUCAGAGCUGACUGUUCUCAUCCAACGGCUGUUAUUAAAACAAUCCAACGGUUUUGGCUAAAUCCGUGACGUCUUUAUAUAUCGAACCAGACCACCAACCCAUUUCCUCAGCUACUACUGUUGAAGCGAUUCUCACUAAAACCCUCGAACACAUCGCCUUUAUCUCUUUCUCUAGAUCUACUCGCUAUGGCUACUAUCACCGUUGUUAAGGCUAGACAGAUCUUCGACAGUCGUGGUAAUCCCACCGUUGAGGUUAGUUUCUCCGAUCACUUUUGUAUUUCCCAGUCACUUUCCGGCUUUGUACAGUAUUCGUGACGGAUCUGUUUGUUUGAUGACUAUCCGAUGCUAAAACCACUAUUCAAUCGUUUUUUUGUAAACCUGAAUUGAUCUAGUAGUCGUACGUGAAUGAGAUUUGGUUUUUGUGAACGAUGAUCGGUGAUUUGAUCUCGGCGAUUUGGAUCGUUGAUAUCCACACGUCAAAUGGUAUUAAGGUUACAGCAGCUGUUCCAAGUGGAGCUUCCACUGGUAUCUAUGAGGCUCUUGAGCUGAGGGAUGGAGGAUCUGACUACCUUGGAAAGGGUGUAUCUAAGGCUGUUGGCAAUGUGAACAACAUCAUCGGGCCAGCACUUAUUGGAAAGGACCCAACUCAGCAGACUGCUAUUGACAACUUCAUGGUCCAUGAACUUGACGGAACCCAAAACGAGUGGGGGUGGUGCAAGCAAAAGCUUGGAGCCAAUGCGAUUCUUGCUGUGUCUCUUGCUGUCUGCAAAGCUGGGGCUGUUGUCAGCGGCAUUCCUCUAUACAAGCACAUUGCCAACCUUGCUGGUAACCCCAAGAUUGUGCUACCAGUUCCUGCCUUCAACGUCAUCAAUGGUGGAUCCCAUGCCGGAAACAAGCUUGCUAUGCAGGAGUUUAUGAUCCUCCCUGUUGGAGCUGCUUCUUUCAAGGAAGCCAUGAAGAUGGGUGUGGAAGUUUACCACCACUUGAAGUCUGUGAUUAAGAAGAAGUACGGCCAGGAUGCCACAAAUGUUGGUGAUGAAGGUGGGUUUGCACCAAACAUUCAGGAGAACAAGGAGGGUCUUGAAUUGCUCAAGACUGCUAUCGAGAAGGCUGGAUACACUGGAAAGGUUGUCAUUGGAAUGGAUGUUGCCGCUUCAGAGUUCUACUCAGAAGACAAGACCUACGACUUGAACUUCAAAGAAGAGAACAACAAUGGCUCUCAGAAGAUUUCUGGUGAUGCUCUAAAGGACCUGUACAAGUCCUUUGUCGCUGAGUACCCAAUCGUGUCCAUUGAGGACCCAUUUGACCAAGAUGACUGGGAGCACUAUGCUAAGAUGACCACUGAGUGUGGAACCGAGGUUCAGAUUGUCGGUGAUGAUUUGUUGGUCACUAACCCCAAGAGAGUUGCUAAGGCAAUCGCAGAGAAGUCUUGCAAUGCUCUUCUUUUGAAGGUUAACCAAAUCGGAUCUGUAACCGAGAGUAUCGAGGCAGUUAAGAUGUCGAAGAAAGCAGGUUGGGGAGUGAUGACCAGCCACAGAAGUGGUGAAACCGAGGACACAUUCAUUGCUGACUUAGCCGUUGGCUUGUCCACUGGACAAAUCAAAACCGGUGCUCCUUGCAGAUCCGAGCGUCUUGCCAAGUACAACCAGCUUUUGCGUAUUGAGGAGGAGUUGGGAUCAGAGGCAAUUUACGCUGGAGUCAACUUCCGCAAACCUGUGGAACCCUACUAAAUGGAGCUUUUAGAAGCAAAGUGGUCUUCUUUGUGACGAGGAGAAGAUGACCUGAGUUUGAUCAUUUGCUUUAAUUAAAUAAAACGUUCUGUUUUUGUUUCUUCUUUGUUUGGUUUCUUACGUCUUUUGUUGAACCCUUUUUGGGAAAAGUUACUCAUUUUUGUAAGGGAAACAUGAGAAUGCUCUGCCUUUGUCGAGGACGGUAGCCCCUUAUUUCAAUCUAAUUUCGGCUUUACUCUUUAAUCUUCUCAUGUGAUUGUUAUGAUCUCUGGUGACAUACGAUGGAGUUUUAACAAAAAUAAAAUAAGUUCUUCAUUAUUAUAUU